UUUUUUCUAAAUUAACUAAAAUUCCCUUAUUUAUAGAACCCCCAAGAAAUAGGGUAAAACUAAAACCCCCUCUUUUUUUUUUCUUCUUCUUCUUUGUUAACAAACUAAAAUCUCCGAUCAUGGAAAAACGUUCGCCGGAAAAUAACUCCGGCCACCAACUUAACCGGAAUGGGUUUCAAGAAUUUCAUCCUCGUAGCGUCACAAACAGUGGUCCACCUCUUGAAUCUUUGUUUGGUAGUUUAAGGCUUGAUGAUGAACAGGUUCCUCUUCCGUCGUUUGGUGUUCCUUCUCCGGCGGCUGGUUUGUAUGAUGAUGAAAUUUUAACAGGGUUUAGAGCUCAAGAAACGCUCAACAAUGGUGCUGACUUGCAGGGUUUAAUCCGGGCCCAGAAUGCAAUUAAUGGGGCCCACCAGAAUCUGACUGUGGGCCCGAACAUUCUGAAUCAAUCUCAACCUCUAGCUGCUGCUGGUGGUGGAGUUCGAUCACAGCCAUGGUACUAUUCAGAACCAUCAUCACCAUUGAUUGAUAAUGACUACUUGAGACUUAACUAUGAACUUCCUGACUACAAUGGUUACUCUCUUGCUGCUUUUGGUGGUGUUGGUGGUGGUGGUUUCUUGCCCAACACGGCACCAUUGAUGUCCUAUAGAUGUAACAACGGUAUCAUGUCAAACAAUUUUAGAAUUGGGUCACCCAUUUCGAAGUAUAACCAAAUUGGUAGUGAAUUGAGAGGAAACAUGGUUGCUUUGGCUAAGGAUCAACAAGGAAGCAAAUUGCUUCAAUCUAAGCUUGACAAAGGGAAUAAUGAAGAAAUUGGAGCUAUUCUUAGCGAAUUGAUUGGGUGUGUUAGUGAUCUGAUGAAGAAUCAAUCUGGUAGUUAUGUUAUUCAAAAACUUUUUGCUGUAUGUAACGAGCAACAGAGGACCACUAUUAUUCAAGCAAUAACAAGAAAUACCCACCAGUUUAUUGGUAUCUGCUUCAGCCAACAUGGGGCUCGAGCAAUGCAGAAAUUGUUGGACAAUAUUCUUACCCCACAUCAAAUAUACAUAAUUUUAUCUGCUAUAGCUCCUGUUGCUGUUGCAUUGGCUAAUGAUCAAAGUGGUCAACACGUGAUACAAUUUUGUGUGAAGACAUACCCUCCUGAGUAUAUAAGGCCUCUUCUCUGUGAAAUUGCAAAUAACUGCUUUGCAAUUGCUACCCAAAAAAGUGGGUGCUGUGUGAUACAGUCAUGCGUAGAAUCUGCUGGUGGAGAACUCAGAGAUUGCAUAAUUGCUGAGAUAUUGACAAAUGCAGUGCAGCUAUCAGAAGAUCAAUAUGGCAACUAUGUGGUGCAACAUCUUGUGGGACUGAAGUUACCAAGAGUUACAGAUAUUUUAAUUGAUAGGCUUCAAGGAAACUUUCUGACUCUCUCAUGCAAUAAGUAUGCUAGUAAUGUUGUUGAGAAAAUUAUCCUCGAGUCAGGAGAUGAGCACUCCACGAGAAUUAUCACGGAGCUUCUCAGUAAUCCAAGUGGUUCAAUGCUACUGAUGGACCCUUAUGGUAACUUUGUCAUCCAGUCAUCACUGCAAAGAGCAAAGGGCAUUCUGUUGGAGGCUCUGUAUAACCUCAUCGACAUCCAUGCUGCAUCGAUGAAAAGCAACAUGUACGGGAAGAAGGUCCUUGAUCGGUUGGCUAGCAGGAAGGAACAGAUGCAUUGUACGAGAUUGUUCAUGAGCGACAGGUAUAAGUUAACUCGACAGUAGCUGACUGGUGUUGCUGCUGUGCCUGCCUUCAUUCUUUUUGAUGGAAUUUCAGUGUGUUGUAGCGCAUCUGGAAUACAUUUUUCUAUCUAAUAUGUUGUUUGUCUCUGUGUAUUAAAGAUCUAGACUUGUACGCGAGCGUGCGAGCCUCCUCGAUGUGAUUUAUAAUGCUCGUACUGUGUAGUUUUGGUCGUAACGUUGUUCGUUGUUAUAUCAUAUUAUUUAGGACAGCUUGACAAUGUCUGUUGAAUAAACUCUUAUAUCAUUCAUUUGUUUUAUA